AUAUUGGAAAAAUAAAAUCUGAGCUUAUUUCAAUUAAUAAAAAUAUAGCAACUUGAAAAUUAUUAAAAUAUUCAAUUAAAAAGGGAAUUAGAAAAAUAAUAAGAAAAAAAAAAUGUCAUUUAUAUUAUCGCCAUUGAAUGGAUCGCUUAAAAUUACAAAACAAAAUCAUCAUAUUUUCAAAUCAUUAUUAACAAGUUCAUUAAUAAAUUUAAAUAAAUAUAAUAAAAAUUAUUUAAAUUAUUCGACUAAAAGUCACAAAGAACCAGAAAAAACAGCACUACAUAAUUUUCAUGUUGAAAAAAAUGGUAAAAUUGUUGAUUUUGCUGGUUAUUUAUUACCAGUUCAAUAUAAUGACAUGAGUAUAAGUGCAUCACAUUUACAUACAAGAAAAUCAGCAUCAAUAUUUGAUGUAUCACAUAUGUUACAAACAUAUAUGAAUGGUAAAGAUGUUGUCGAAUGUUUUGAAUUCAUUUGUACAGCUGAUAUUAAAGGAUUACCGCACAAUACUGGAACAUUAACAGUUUUUACAAAUGAAAAUGGAAAAAUUUUAGAUGAUUUAAUUGUUACAAAAAUUCGUGAUGAUUUAUUAUAUAUUGUUUCGAAUGCAGCAAUGAAACAACAAGAUAUGAAAAUUAUGGAAGAUGCUGUGAGACAUUUUAGAGCACGUGGUAAAGAUGUUUUUAUUGAAUUUUUAACACCAUCAGAACAAUCUUUAAUAGCAUUACAAGGACCAAAAGCAGCUGAAGGAUUACAAAAAUUUACAAAAGUUGAUUUAAAAAAAUUAUAUUUUAUGAAUACAACAAUGUGUGAAUUAUUUGGUGUUAGAGAUUGCCGUAUAACACGUUGUGGAUAUACGGGAGAAGAUGGUUUUGAGAUAUCUAUACCAUCCGAAAAUGUUAAAGAUAUUGUGGAAAAUAUCCUUAAUUACAAUAAUGGUGAUACAAUAAAAUUAGCUGGUCUUGGUGCUAGAGAUUCCCUACGUCUUGAAGCUGGACUAUGUUUAUAUGGAUCAGAUAUUGAUAAUACAAUAACACCAGUUGAAGCUGGUUUAACAUGGCUUGUUGCACCCAGAAGAAGAAAUGAACCAAAUUUCCCAGGUGGUACAAAAAUUGUUGAACAAAUUAAAAAUGGUGUUGAAAAACAACGUGUUGGUAUUAAAAUGUCUAGUGGACCACCAGCACGUCAUGGAGCAAUAAUUUGUAAUGAAAAUGGUCAAGAAAUUGGUCAUAUAACAAGUGGUUGUCCAAGUCCUAGUUUAGGUGGUAAUGUUGCAAUGGGUUAUAUUGAAAAAGAAUAUAAAAAAAUUGGAACAAAAAUUCAAUUAAACAUUCGAAAUAAAUUAUAUACAACUGAAAUAGCAAAAAUGCCAUUUAUAAAAACUAAUUAUUAUAUGAAACCAAAAGAUGUAUAAAAUAUACAUAAAUUAAUUGAAAUUUUA